AGAGAAUCGUAGACCACACACCAACAAGAGUUCACGUCUUGAUCACCUCCAACCCCAUUCCACAUCGCCUUGGAGCUUGUGCUUGCUACUGCUCACAAUGCUCGCUCGAUCGUGUGUCCGGUCGGCUCGCUCGGUCGGUGCCGCCGCUGCUCGCCAGCAGGUUAGCCGGACAUCCAAGCGUGCGGCAUCAUCAUCGAGCUCCUCGACCGAAUCCGCUGCUGCCUCAUGGAAGAACCUGGCGAGCGGUGGUGCUGCGACAGUUGUCGCGAUUGGCACCAUUGCCUGGUACUACCACAUGUUUGGCAGACCUUUACAUGCCAUGACACCAGCUGAAGAAGGUCUCCAUCCCACAAAGUACCCGUGGGAGCACACCAAAUUUCACAAGACCUACGACCACGCUGCUUUGCGCCGAGGAUUUCAAGUGUAUCGUGAAGUAUGCGCCUCCUGCCACUCGCUGUCCCGUAUUCCAUAUCGUUCAUUGGUCGGCACCAUCAUGACGGUUGAUGAGGCCAAGGCUCUUGCGGAAGAGAAUGAGUAUGACACCGAGCCCAACGAUGAGGGUGAGAUUGAGAAGCGACCUGGAAAGCUAUCGGAUUACAUCCCGUCACCGUACAAGAAUGACGAAGCUGCCCGUGCUGCUAACAAUGGCGCUUUGCCCCCAGACCUCUCUCUCAUCGUCAAGGCAAGACACGGUGGCUGCGACUACAUUUUCAGCCUGCUAACGGGCUACCCUGAGGAGCCUCCAGCGGGUGCUACUGUGCAGGCAGGCCUAAACUUCAAUCCUUACUUCCCAGGUACUGGCAUUGCUAUGGCUCGUGUCUUGUAUGAUGGCCUCGUUGAGUACGAAGACGGAACUCCUGCCACAACAUCUCAGAUGGCCAAAGAUGUUGUCGAAUUCCUGAACUGGGCCGCAGAGCCCGAGGCUGACGAGCGUAAAAAGAUGGGCUGGAAGGUUAUGGCAGCGACUGGCGUUCUCUUUGCUCUGAGCGUGUGGGUCAAGAGGUACAAGUGGUCGCCUCUCAAAACACGGAAGCUUGUAUACACACCGCCCCCAGCGCCACCAGCCUCGAAACUCCAGAAGUAAACGUUAGAUGUAGACUCAUUAGGGAAGGGUUUUAGCGAGGAUGAAAGGACAGUGGAAGUGGAUGAGAAAGAUUCGUCAUGUAAAGCUUACUACUGCUUCCUAGUUGCGAACUGUACAGAACUCUUACUACAUUCGACAGUGGGAUUUCCUUUAUCGUCUCUCUGAUUUCGUGUGCUAUAGAUGGAGCGAAGCAUACUGCUGGUAGAUGUAAGAGAAAGAAACGCCUUCUCGCGCACUUGAAUACACCGGACUUCGUUCA